ACGGGGAGAAGUCGAACAGCGGCCGCGCGCGGGGAAGUUGCCCGGCGGCGGCGGAUCUCGGAGGCAGCGACGCGCGGGUGGAGGAGCUCAGUGACAGCGCCAGUGCCUAUCGAGCGAGCGAAUCGAGGAGAUUCUCCCCACUGUUUCUUUCCUGCUGAUUCCGAUUUCGCGUUGAAACACCGGGGGGAGAAGAAUUGCGGGCGACCAUAACUCGGCAAGAAGCGGCUCCAAAAAGGGCAUCUACCUUUGCCGAUUCCGGCACCGAUGGAUCCCGCGGCGUCGGGGAGGUUCGACAAGCUCCAGAGCUCGUUCAAGCUCUCCAUCCAGUGCCUCCUCACCGCCUGCUCCCGCGAGGAUGUCAAUGACGCUUUCUCGUCCUUCACUGAUGCUGAGAAGGAGCGUUUGCACCGGAUGCUCACCCUUGUGAUGAAGAAUCUGCAUGCCAACGUAGUGGAUGAGUUUGACGACUUCUGCCAAGAAACACAGGUGGCUGCUGCCCUUGAAAAGAUAGAUGACUUUGUUGAAAAGCAGAAUCUUGAUGCAUUAUCUUCAGAGAAGACUACUGUUGAAGAAAUCGAAGAAAAGGUAUCAAGAGCAAAAAAGGAUGAAAUUGAAUAUUUGACUGGUUUACUGAAAAAGGUUGAAGAAAGUAACAAUGCCAAGAAAGCUCGAAUUGAACUCCUGAAGAAAGAGGAGGAUUUAACUGCUGCAAGAGAUGUCCUCAAUAAGAUGACGCAGUGGAACUCUGCACUCGUGGAGAACAUUAACCCUUGAAUCUGUGUGAUGACGAUUCAUUGGCGUCAAAGGACAUCUUUGUAUAGGGGUGUGUUAGAUUGGAUGACAUGUGAAUGUGAUUCAUGGAUCAGCCUGGAUGUUCUGUUAUGAUUAAGAACUGCUAUGUAUCGUGCAAUAGACACAUCGUCUGUACUUUGGAUGUUAUUAUCAGGUCCCAAACUUCAUUAUAUCCAAUAUGUUACAAUAUCAUUUUGGUGACU